GAAUUGUACCUGUGGAACUAUGUAUAUGUCUUUCAGAUCUUAUUGCUAAAAAGUAUUUCACAUUGAAUGAUCUUAAUGAUAGAAUAGCAUCAUUUCCUUUUCAGUUUUCUGACAAAACUAACAGGCCUCAGACAAUACCAACAAACUUUUAAAAAAAAAAAGAACAAUUGGUGGCAACGGACACGAGAACUGGACACUUCUGAGAUUUCUUCCACUGUUGAUUGGCCAUCAUAUUCCAGAGAGUGAAAAGACUUGGUCUGUGAUCCUUGAACUGAAAGACAUUGUGGAGGUGUUAUCAAGCCCCUCAUUCACAACAGAAACCCUGUGCUACCUACAAGCCAAAAUUUCUGACCACAGACAGUUGCUCUUAAAAUUAUUUCCUGGUACUAAAUUACGCCCUAAACAUCAUUAUCUUGAACAUUAUCCUGUUCUGAUUCAGAAAUUUGGACCAUUAAUUGAGUUCUGGACAAUACGAUUUGAGGCAAAACAUUCUUUUUUUAAAAGAAUGGUUCACAAUACUGGCAAUUUCAAAAAUAUUCUGCACACGUUGGCCACAAGACAUCAACUGAUGUUGUCAUAUUACUUGGAGAUGCCAACUAUUUUCAAGCCAAGCAUUGAGACUGGACGAGUAUCAGUUGUGUCUGUGGGCAUCCUAGAUGCUGCAAUCAGAGAGGCUGUAUGGAAUAAGUUUGAAGGUCUGGACUCUGUUUCACUCACCUCCAUUGCUUACUUGAAUGGGACAAAAUAUUCUAAAGGCAUGGUACUCUCAGUUGGACAGACGUGUGGACUGCCAGAUUUUGGGAGAGUAUUGGAGAUCUGUGUAGUGGAUGGUUGCAUAUCAUUCAUUACUGAACUAUUCACAGCGACCUUCCAAGAGCAUCUCAGGUGUUACCAGCUCGCCAGAAGAGAUCCUGCAACAAUUGUGGUCAUUGAUCCGGACCGUCUGAAUGACUACAUUCCCCUUGCUGCAUACCCUGUUGAAGAAAAGCUGCUCGUCACUCCAAGGACAUUCAUGUUACAUUAAGUUCUUGGUAUCUCAUCAAUGAUGCUUCUCAGAGUCAUCGUCUCACCUCAGGAAAUAAGACGUGUCACCCUACAGGAGGUUCCCCCAUCAGUUGAUGAGUUAUGUGUAGUUCUGGGCAACACUCUGGGCCUCCGUGGGAAGUUCCUUUUACAGUUUGAAGAUCCAGACUUUGGGAAUGAGCUCUGCAAUUUGACAGACAUCAAGGACCUACCAACUGAACGAGCCACACUGAAAGUUCUGUUCACGUUUUCUGAACCAGUUUCUGACUCGACAUUAGAUACUGCAAGCCUUAGUUCCCAGAAUAGUGCAAGCCCCAGUUCCCAGAAUAGUGCUAGCCCCGAGCCCCCUAGUAGUGGUGAUUCUUCAGAAUGGCCUGAUCACUUUGUUAUUUCAGAUUUCUCCCAUGACGUUGAGUUUCAGCUGAGGGUAGCAAAUGAUGCCUAUGCCAAGGAUGGAGCUGUGACGGUCAUCUCAAAGAGUGUGAAGAGUGAAAUACUGGACAGACUGGCUGAUAGCAUAACCAGAAUCACUUGCUAUCCAACUAAAGACAAUUUAGAAAGCGUAGCCAAAGCUCUUGUUGCAAAGCAUCCUUGUCUCAGGGAGCCGGGUUCAGGUAAAGGAUGGUACUGCUGGAGAUUCAGCCUGAUAUUCAAGAUGGGCAAUUACCGUCAGAGGAUGAUGGCAGCUGGAUGCCCUGAAGUUCUUGUAAAUAAAAGAAAAAGAAAGGGAAACACCAAGCCAGUCAAGAAGGCAAAAAAGGGAGAGAUCCACUACUUACCAGAGCCACCUGAUGGACAAAGUACUGUUAAAUCAGAGAAGGAUCGUGAGACCAUGCUUUUGGAAGUGCAGAAGAGAGAGCCAGAUUUGCACCUGCUCGAUGAAUUGAUGACUGCAACAUUCUCCCAGCGAAGACAAGAGAUCAUUGGUGACGAGCCACUCAUUUCUGCAGUCAAGGGCAGAUGGCCUGCAUUGUUUAGUGAGAGACAGCUCAGUGCUGAGUUCAGUAGAAUCGUCACCAAAGACCUGCUGGAGUCAUUCCUGGAUGGACUUGAUGCCUUGGUGCCAGGUGUUCUACAGAUGUACGGAGAAGCUGCUGCAUCAGGCAGGAGGGUGCGCCUGAGCAGUGUUCUCAGUUGUCUUCAAAAGGAGGACACGAACCAAAACAAAAGAGCAGCUGUCCUACUUGGUCUUCCAUGCUACCUUGCAGAAGAUUCCUCUGACAUAAUCAGGAUGUGUGAUGCUCAUGGUGAAACCCUUGACGUGCUAAUGAGCGGGAUGCAAGUUGGAAUGUUGAUUGGACACGAAGGCCCUCUGCAUGAUGCAUUUCCAUUGGAUGUUUUCAACGUGGCUCUGGUAGUAGAGGAGAAGAUAAUCCUACAUGACCUCCGAGAUGUGUCCACAGGCUUUGCCAUGUUACUGGGUGCAAUCUACUGCCUAAACCUUAAGUACCCACGUAAUAUGAAGUAUUCUUUUGAGUUCCUUCAGAGGGUUGUCAUGAACAUUAAACCGGACCAAUGUUCAGCCAGAAUCCAUGGACUCAGAAAUAAAAUGCUUAGAUAUCGCAUGUAAACAAAGAAAUGCACUUGUCAAGCAACUACUAGGAGGCAGCAGUUAUUUGGGAAGCUUGCCUUGUUCUUUACACUAGCAUACAGGUUUUCAUCGGCUUAGUUUGUUCAGCACAAGUCAGGUAUGCGUGACAAAUGUGUCACUUGUGAAGUUGAAAAAUCUGAAAUUGUUGAAAAAUCUAAAAUAGUUUAAAUGUGCAAAACAUUUUGAGGCAUAAUGAAAACAAACUUUUGUGGUUAAAGAAUCUUUUAGACGUGGAUGUUGAUGUUUUGUAAAGCUCUGCGUAUACCACAUUUUUCCUCUGUACAACUUCGCCAUACUUAUUCUCUCAUUCACAGUUUUAAAAUUGUGUUCAAUUAACAGUUCAAUUAAGUGAAAUGUGAGUAAGUAUUUAUAAUGUACACCAUUGUUUUUGUUCAUAUGACGAUAUGGACCGGUUAUCUCACUUUUUGCCUCUUAUGACACCUGCCCAUCUGUCCCCCUUUCCUCAGCACUCUCGGUUGUCAACCUCAGUGAGGCCUGUUUUGAUGCAAAGACAUGUUUAAGAUGUAUCAAUGUUCCACAUUGUUCAUAUUCAUGUCGAGAUUUUAUGAUUAUCUGUUUACUAUCUCACAUACGUCAUUGUUCAACCCCACCUCACCUUCUUUCUUUCUACGAGUCCACCCUCUGUCUCGCUGUCAGUCCACCCACCUCUGUCUGUCUGUCUGUCUGUCUGUCUGCAAGUCCACCCUCUGUCUGACUGUCAUGUCUGUCUGCAAGUCCACCCUCUGUACAUUACAGAGACAUACAUUGGGUAUGGCAUGUUAAAACCUUUAACUUCUGUUAAAGUUUAUAUAAAUGUAUUUAUAAAAUAAAUGUUCUUGGACAAAUGCAAGAA